CCUCAGCCUCAAAAAGCAGCUAGCAACGCAAAUUCUCUUUGUAGUUUCAGAACAGGUUUGUUGCCAUGGAUCCCACAACGCAGCUGGAGUAGACUAGUAAAAGGUAACAACUAAAGAUCUAGUCAAUAGAUAGGCUGCGGUUCUUCUUCUGGAAAAUCCUGACUGGUAGGAUUCCUUUAAAGGCUCUGCCCCAAAGUGCUUUAUGUCAUUACUUCAACUGCUUGAAAAGUGAAGUUCCAGGAGACCGCAGAAAGAGAACCUGCCUUGGCCCAAGCACUUCCCACUAAUGGCCAAUCCGAGGGACAGUGCUGGUACUAAUGGGACUCUACGCAAUCCCAAAACCCAGCCCGGAAAAAGACAGAGCACUGAUUGUGUGAAAAAUGGAAUCUCGAAAGAAGCCCAGCAAAAUAGGAAGGCAGAGGAGGACGACAAACUUGUCUUUAAGUCCUACCCAGAGCCCCCACUUUAUGUCUUCGUUUUCACAUACAUGGGAUAUGGAAUUGGCAUGCUAUUCGGCUAUCUCAGAGACUUCAUGAGAAACUGGGGAAUAGAAAAAUGCAACGCAGCUGUAGAGCGAGAAGAACAAAAGGAUUUUGUGCCGCUGUAUCAGGACUUUGAGAACUUUUAUACAAGAAACCUUUACAUGAGAAUCAGAGACAGCUGGAGUCACACAGUCUGCAGUGUCCCAGUACCUAACUUUGACAUAAUGGAAAAAGUGACAGAUGACUAUAACUGGACAUUCAGGCAUACUGGAAAAGUUAUCAAAAAUGUUAUCAACAUGGCCUCCUACAACUACCUUGGCCUUGCAUCAAAAUACAAUGAGUCAAUGGAGAAAGUUAAGGACACUAUAGAAAAGUAUGGUGUAGGUGUAGCCAGCACCAGAAAUGAAAUGGGGUCCUUGGAUAUACACAACGAGCUGGAGGAUCUCAUGGCUAAGUUCUUGAAUGUGGAAGCGGCGAUGGUUUUCGGGAUGGGAUUCGCAACCAACUCGACGAAUAUCCCUAUAUUUGUUGGAAAGGGAUGCCUCAUUUUAAGUGACGAGUUCAACCACACUUCAGUCAUCCUGGGGUCUCGACUCUCAGGCGCAGUCAUAAGACCCUUCAAACACAAUAAUAUGCAAAACCUAGAGAAGCUCCUGAGAGAAGCUAUCAUCCGUGGCCAGCCUCACACGGGGAGAGCUUGGAAAAAGAUUCUCAUCCUGGUAGAGGGAAUCUACAGCAUGGAAGGUUCCAUUGUGAACCUUCCCCAGAUAGUGGCUCUAAAGAAGAAAUACAAGGCUUACCUCUACAUGGAUGAAGCUCACAGUAUUGGCUGUACAGGUACCAUGGGCCAAGGCAUCCGAGAGUUGUUUGGACUGGCCCCUGAAGAUAUCGACAUAUACAUGGGUACAUUCACCAAAAGCUUCGCGGCUUCCGGAGGCUAUAUAGCUGGGAAAAAGGAAAUUGUGGAUUAUGUACGGGUUCAGUCGCAUAGUGCUACAUAUGCUACAUCCAUGAGUCCUGUCGUAGCAGCGCAAAUCAUCAGAUCAUUGAAGAUAAUGAUGGGAUAUGAGGGAAACUUUGGAGGUGUGCAGAGAAUACAGCAACUUAGAGAAAACAUAAAAUAUUUCCGACGGCGACUUAUAGAGAUGGGAUUCAUCAUCUAUGGCAAUGACUACUCUCCCGUGGUCCCUGUGCUCCUCUACAUGCCUGCUAAAGUGUCGGCUUUUGGAAGACUUUUGCUUAAGAAAAAGAUUGCGGUGGUGGUCGUUGGAUUUCCAGCUACUUCUCUGCCAGAAGGUCGGGCUAGGUUCAGCCUUUCCUCAGCUCAUACUCGGGAGAUGUUAGACACAGUUUUGGAAGUCGUUGAUAAAAUCGGUGAUCUCCUGAAUGUGAAGUAUUUCCCAUACAAGAAGUCAGGACGGGCUGUACUCUACAAUAAGGAGAGUUUUGACAAUGAAGCAAGCUUUGAAGAGAAGAGCUCUGAACCAGAAGCCUAAGUUUUAGGCUCUAAAUAGAACAUAAAGACUACCGGAAAGACCUCCCUCUCUCUUUAUCUCAAAAGUAAUAUAAUUGUAUUUUACCCCUUCUAAGGACAAUUUUAUUUUUCAAACAAACUUAGUUGAAGAAGGGAAAUAAUCAUUUAUUUAAUGUCUCAAACCUGCUGCUACCAAGUGAAAGAAUAUAAUUCUAGAUUUAAGUUUUCCCUCUCCUUUGCUGUAAAUACACACAUACGUGCAAAUGGUAGUAAGCCUGUGUUUUAGCUGCUUUUGGGUCAGGCCUUAUCAGGGUCUCCAACUAAAAUGAAAGGAUUUUGAUUUUUUACUUGAUAAUCUUCCUGUGUACCAUCUGCACACAAGAAAAAGUGUCAGAGAGGAGCUGGGUCCCUCGUUCCACUCGAAAUAGUUCAUAUGUGUCGUGGGAAGCUCCAGAAAAGGAGAAGACAACGUUGCUUCUGUUUGUCACAUUUGGACUUUAUCCAAGGACAGGUGUCAAAAGACACAGUUAAUGCUUGGGAGAGAAUACAGAACUGGCUGGUGGCGAGCAGAGACGUCUUUGAAGUGAGCCUCCUUUUUCCUCUUGAUGUUCUCCUACAGCUUUAUUGUUAAGCUCUAAGGACUGGAAAGUUCAUGUCUCUUGUUUUCUAAAGAGGAGGAAGAAAAGCAAUCACAAGCCAGUUUUGGACCUAGACUAAAACUAUAAAAUUAAAACAACCCAAAUGAUGCUGGUGCCAUGCAGAGGGAGCUUAAAAACGCUUGGCCUUUAUUGCUUUAAGGAAUAUCUUCCCAUUUUUCUAUUGAAUACUGAGUACGUAGUGAAACUCAAUUUCCCUUACAACACAUUCCCAAAUUACACUU